AUGUCGCAGCACGACGACGACCUUGCUGGAGUUCAUCCGGAAGAAGGAGACCCCCACGGCGUUCGAAUGGAUGACUCCGACUACGAGGACGAUGAGUUGGACCAAUCUACUAGUAAAGCGACUGAACAUAUCACGGCUAUGGAUGUGAAGAAGGGGAUGGAUAUACAAGGGAUCCCCUGGGACAUGAUGGCGACUACAAGAGACAAGUACAGGCAGUCGAGGUUGCAGCGGUAUGCCAACUUUGAGAACGUACCUAAUUCCGGAAGGACUUCAGAGAAGGAAUGCAUGCCUGCAGAGAAAGGCCAACUCUACUAUGAGUUUCAGCACAACACGAGGUCGGUGAAAUCGACCAUCCUUCAUUUCCAGUUGAGAAAUUUAGUAUGGGCAACGACAAGGCACGAUGUGUAUCUUAUGUCAAACUUUUCUGUGCUUCAUUGGUCAGCACUGACUUGUAAAAAGCAAGAAGUCAUUGAUCUUCAAGGACAUGUCACACCAUGUGAGAAGCACCAUGGGAAUUACUACGACGGAUUUUAUCGGACUCUAGUUAGUACUUUGGCAGUGAAGCAUAACUUGCUUGUUAUUGGUGGGUUUCAUGGGGAAAUAAUAUGCAAGUUUCUGGAUCGUCAAGGAGUAAGCUACUGCUGCAAGUCAACACAUGAUGACAAUGGUAUUACUAAUUCUUUGGAGAUAUUUGAGAAACCUAGUGGUUCUCUGCACUUCCUGGCAUCAAACAAUGAUUGUGGACUUAGAGACUUUGACAUGGAAAGAUUUCAAAUAUGCAAUAACUUCCGUUUUGCUUGGCCCGUGAAUCAUACAUCAUUGAGCCCUGAUGGUAAACUUGCUGCUAUUGUGGGGGACAAUCCUGAUGGACUUCUGAUUGAUGCUAAUUCAGGAAAGCAGACGGUUCACGAACUCUGUGGUCAUUUGGAUUACUCCUUUGCAUCAGCAUGGAAUCCAGAUGGCCGAACAUUUGCCACUGGAAACCAAGACAAGACAUGCAGGGUCUGGGACAUCCGCAAUCUCUCCAAAUCAGUUGCUGUAUUGGGUGGCAACAUUGGAGCCAUCAGGUCGAUUCGCUACACAUCCGAUGGGAAGUUCAUGGCAAUGACUGAACCCGCAGAUUUCAUCCACAUCUUUGAUGUCGAGAGUGGGUAUAGCAGGAAGCAGGAACUGGACUUCUUUGGUGAGAUCGCAGGCAUAUCUUUCAGUCCUGACACUGAAGCUCUCUUUGUUGGUGUGCAUGAUCGCGUAUUCAGCUGCCUCCUCCAGUUCAAUCGGCGACGGUUCUACUCAUACCUUGAUUCGCCACUGUGA